ACAUUACUUCAAGAGCGACGGUGAGUGGUGAGCAUGGAAGAAGACACGUCUGAUGUGCCUUUCUUAUCCUUAACAUAACAUACCACAUAACAUCAUAUAAACCAAUUUUUCAUUUGAAAAAGAAAAAUAAAAAACCAAACACUAUGGCACUUCUCUGCUUCAAUUCCUUCACAACCACCCCUGUUACCUCUUCUUCCUCCCUUUUCCUUCAUCCCACAGCAAACCCUAUUUCUAGAGUACGAAUCGGUCUGCCCACCAACUGUUUGAAGGGAUUUCGAAUCUUGACACCCAUUGUUGUGAAACCGAGAAAAAAUGCAAUUUUUAUUGCAUCAGCUGCUGCUGCUGCUGAUUCUAAUGUUGCAGAUGGAGUAGAAGAAAGUGAGAGCAAGAAAGAGAGUGAUGUUGUUUCUGUAGAUAAGCUUCCAUUAGAAUCAAAAUUGAAGGAGAGGGAAGAGCGGAUGUUGAAGAUGAAGCUUGCCAAGAAGAUAAGGUUGAAGAGAAAGAGGCUUGUUCAAAAGAGGAGGUUGAGGAAGAAGGGGAAUUGGCCACCUUCCAAGAUGAAGAAAUUGGAAGGUGUUUAAUAUCUGUUUGCAGGUUUCUAUUGUUCGAUUCUGCCCUUGUUGUCAACAUUUUUUUCAAUCAAGAUUUUUAGUUUAUAUAUUGUAUAUGCCUUCUGUUUGGUUAAGGUUGAAAUAGGGGGUUUGAUUUGAAAUCUAUGUAGCAUCAACACUUCUUAUUAAAGGGUGUUCGGUGUUCGACACUUCCGCAGCACCAACAUAUGAAAAUACAUUCAUGUAUCCGGUGUUCAGUGUUCAACACGUGUUAGUGUCAGACACUUAUGCAGCACCAACAUAUGGAAAUACAUUCAACUCUUCAAUUUUUUGAAAA